AUGACGACUAAGACAGUGGAUGUGAUGAGUGGAGUUGUUCGUCCCAUAGCCAAAUUCUCUGCAUCUAUCUGGGGAGAUCAUUUUCUUAAAUAUGCUUCUACUGAUGAUUCUUCAUCAUCGGAUCUGGUGAUCCACAGCAGUCGGAAAAUCAAGUUAAAACCGGAAUACAGAUGGUUGGUGACCGUCAUCUCCAAAUCGCUCCAAGGAAGGGGAGGUAAUUUCGAUAAUCUCACAAAGCUUAAGCUCAGAAUGCUGUUAGCAAUUGUUCGCAGCGACAAGGUGGACUGGGGAUACGUUUUAUACGAAGAGUUCUGUCAAAUGGUGAUCAAGAAAGACGGCCGGGUGCAGCAAACCGAAUCCUCGGGGAGCGAGGAGAACAAGUCAAGUUCAAAGGAGGAGGCAGAGGGAAAUGUUCAAUCUGCAACCUCCAAGUCACCAAGAGGCAAAACAGCUCCAGAAGGUCCAUCUCAGGUAGACAAAGGCAAAGGGAUUCUUGUUGAAGAAAUAACUGAAACCGGAACGGGAACGUUGCAGAUCGACCCUCAGACUGAAGCUACAACCGGAGAAGAAUAUCCAUACACCUUAGAGCAAGAAAAUGAGCUGUUUGAUGAAUUCAUUCAAGACAUGAACAAAGGGGAUAUGUUCAAGAAAUUCUUGGACAAAGAAGGUGAGUUCAAUACAUCUAUAAAAAAUGACAUAAUAGGGAUGUUAAGCUUACUAGAGGCCUCACAUUUGAGGUUCCGAGAGGAAGAUAUAUUGGAAAAGGCUUUCAAUUUCACCACAAAGCAAUUUGAGACUAUGUUGUUGCAUGAUCGUGAUAUCCUCGAUCACAUUAAUCCCCACCUUGUCCAACAAGUCACUCACGCUCUCAACCAAUCUUUGCUCAAGGGUUUUAUAAGGAUAGAUGCACGUAAUUACAUCUCAUUUUAUGAGAAUUGCAAUACCCAUGUUAAGAAAUUGCUAGAAUUUGCAAAACUUGAUUUCAACGUCCUACAGAGAAUGUACCAAAUAGAAUUGGCCGAACUAACAAGGUGGUGGAAGAAUUUAGACAUUGUAAACAAAUUUCCUUUCUCAAGGGAUAGGUUGGUGGAGUGUUACUUUUUUGCUUUGGCAAUGUACUUUGAGCCCGAAUAUGCAUAUGGUAGAAAAACGGUUACUAAGAUGUUAAUAUUUGUAAGUGUGAUGGAUGAUAUUUACGAUGCUUAUGGUACUUGGGAAGAACUCGUGAUCUUCAAAGAUGUAAUUAACAGGUGGGAGAGAAAUGACUUAAAUCAUUUACCCAAAUAUAUAAUGUAUUUUAAUGAUGCACUUCAUGAUUAUAUUGAAGUAUUGGAAAUAGAAUGUGCUGAAAGAGAAAUGAUGCAUGGAGUUCAAUAUUUCAAAGAAGUGUUGAUGGUGAUGUCGAAUGCAUACAUGAAAGAGGCAAGAUGGCUUCAUAACAAAUAUAUUCCAACACUCGAAGAAUAUAUGAGUGUUGCAUUGAUCACAUCGGGUGCUCUAUACUUAACUGUUGCUUCAUUUAUUGGAAUGAAUCCAAAUUUAGCAAAUCUUUUGAGUGGGCAUUUGAAGAUCCUCCUAUCAUGA